AGGAUAUGUCGUCGAAUUGUACUCCUAUCCAGGAGACGAUGUUCGAAACAAUAGAUUUGACCUCAGUACGAGUCGUAUUUGCUGUACUUUAUAGUCUCGUAUGGGUAGCGGCGAUUGUGGGAAAUACGCUAGUGCUUUACGUCGUCUCCUUCAAUCAGGUCUCAUUAUCCGUGCGAAGCGUUUUCAUCGGUUGCUUAGCAGUUUCGGAUCUGCUUAUGUCAUUGACAUCCUUACCGUGGACUGCUGUGACAAUAUUCACCCGUGAAUGGAUAUUUCCGAAGCCGAUCUGCAAGCUGAUAGGCGUAUUCCAGGGUGGCAGCAUCUUUGUGUCCAGCUUUACACUUACCAUAAUCGCUUUGGAUCGUUGCCUACUUAUCAUAAGACCAAAUAAAGAGUUCAUCGGAUAUAAUCGAGCUAUCACUAUAGUGGUAGGGAUCUGGGUGUUGGGUUACUCAUUAGCUCUUCCUUUGGGCAUUUUUUCGAAAGCUGUCAGUUUCGAUAAAAUUUGCGGCGUUUUUUGUGAGGAGAUUUGGCCAGACACUGACAAUGAUUCGGGUCUUAUCUCGCCUAGUCGACGUCUUUACGGUCUAUCGGUUUUGUUAUCCCAAUUUGGCAUUCCGGCUCUGAUUUCCUCAGUCUGCUACUAUUUGAUCAGCCGAGUGAUGUCAUCUCAACUGGAACGAAGAAGAGGACAUACUCUUUUGAAAGAAUCAGAAGAGAAACUUGUUAGUCGCAAAACACGCGCAAAUAGAAUGAUGAUUGCCAUGGUUCUUGGUUUCAUAUUCGCUUGGAUGCCUCUAAAUGCAAUCAAUCUUUAUCGAGAUUUAGGCUCUGUACAGAACAACACUUGGUUUUCAACGGUGUUUGCUCUAUGUCAUGUGUUGGCCAUGACAUCUGCAGCUUUGAAUCCAGUCAUCUAUUCAUGGUUCAAUCCACAGUUUCGAUCUGCUGUUCAGUACCUGUGCAAUGGACAACGAAAAGGUGUAAAAAGCAAACUACUCAACGAAGUUCAUACAAGACUCACCGAGACCGUCACGGAUGCCAAAGUCAAACCGGAUUACACAUCCAGCGAUUGUCAUCAACCGGGUGAUCAGAUUCUUUAAAAUGACGAGUUUGCUUCUUAAAAUACUACUUAUGCAUAUGUGUAUCGCCAUAAGGCGUGUCUCAAUUACGGGUACGGUCGGAACGUCCGUUAUCGCCUUUGCAUUCUGGAUACGUAUCGAAAAAAUGUCCUACAUAAGUUAUUACCAUGCGCUUGUUGUUGCUAUGCAAUAAAGCUUUA